GAAAACAUGGCGGCUAAAGAGGAAGAAGCUGGUUUUAGAAAGGAAACUGUAGUCAAACUUUUAUCAAGCUUCUUUAAAGAGGACAAAACUAAACUAAGUGGUGAUGCUGCACUGCUCAUGUCAGAAAUGCUAAAAGUUUUUGUACAAGAGGCAGCUGUGAGAUCACAGAAACAAGCCGAAUCGGAGGACUGCAAUCAAGUAGAGAUCGAGCAUUUUGAAAAAGUUCUGCCACAGCUGCUUCUGGACUUCUAGGACCACCACAAGAUGGCGCCAGAAUGCUGCCAACAUAUUUCCACACUUUUUUAUUUUGCAGAU